UGGCGUGCCAUACAUGCCAGAAGAGCUAUGCAAGCUCUCUGUUGAAAGCAUGCUUCCCGUUUGUCUGGGCUUCCCGAUAGCAGGCCUGGUGACACAGUACCCUUCAGGCAGAGCUCCUCUGGAGGUGUAGGAAGUGCUGCUACAGGUUUUGUCCCUCUGUGGACAGCUGUAUUUCAAAGCCUAGGCAAGUUGCUGGUUUUGUGGAAGUAUACUACUUUGUCAUUAUGAGAUGUCGUCUCUCGGCGCCUCCUUUGUGCAGAUUAAAUUUGAUGAUUUGCAGUUUUUUGAAAACUGCGGCGGAGGAAGUUUUGGGAGUGUUUAUCGAGCCAAAUGGAUAUCACAGGACAAGGAGGUGGCUGUGAAGAAGCUACUGAAGAUAGAGAAGGAGGCAGAAAUACUCAGUGUCCUGAGUCACAGAAACAUCAUCCAGUUUUAUGGAGUAAUUCUUGAGCCUCCCAACUAUGGUAUUGUCACAGAAUAUGCUUCUCUGGGAUCACUCUAUGACUACAUCAACAGCAAUAGGAGUGAAGAGAUGGACAUGGAUCACAUUAUGACAUGGGCCACUGAUGUAGCCAAAGGAAUGCACUAUUUACAUAUGGAGGCUCCUGUCAAGGUGAUUCACAGAGAUCUCAAGUCAAGAAAUGUUGUUAUAGCUGCUGAUGGAGUAUUGAAGAUCUGUGACUUUGGUGCUUCCCGGUUCCAUAACCAUACAACACACAUGUCGUUGGUUGGAACUUUCCCAUGGAUGGCUCCAGAGGUUAUCCAGAGCCUCCCUGUGUCUGAAACUUGUGACACAUAUUCCUAUGGUGUGGUUCUCUGGGAGAUGCUAACAAGGGAGGUCCCCUUUAAAGGUUUGGAAGGAUUACAAGUAGCUUGGCUUGUAGUGGAAAAAAACGAGAGACUAACCAUUCCAAGCAGUUGCCCCAGAAGUUUUGCUGAACUGUUACAUCAGUGUUGGGAAGCUGAUGCCAAGAAACGGCCAUCAUUCAAGCAAAUCAUUUCAAUUCUAGAGUCCAUGUCAAAUGACGCAAGCCUUCCCGGCCAGUGUAACUCUUUCCUGCACAACAAGGCGGAGUGGAGGUGUGAAAUCGAGGCAACCCUUGAGCGGCUAAAGAAGCUAGAGCGUGAUCUCAGCUUUAAAGAGCAAGAGCUCAAAGAACGGGAGAGACGGCUGAAGAUGUGGGAGCAGAAGCUGACGGAGCAGUCCAACACCCCGCUGCUGCCUUCCUUUGAGAUUAGUGCAUGGACUGAAGACGACGUGUAUUUUUGGGUUCAGCAGCUCGUCAGAAAAGCAGGUGACUCCUCCGUGGAGAUGAGUGGCUACGCAAGCCUGUUUAAGGACAACAAUAUCACGGGCAAGCGGCUGCUGCUUCUGGAUGAAGAAGAUUUGAAAGACAUGGGCAUUGUCUCCAAGGGCCACAUCAUUCAUUUUAAGUCAGCCAUUGAGAAACUAACCCAUGAUUACCUAAACCUGUUCCACUUCCCACCACUAAUUAAGGACUCAGGAGGUGAACCUGAAGAAAAUGAGGAAAAAGUUGUGAACCUUGAACUCGUUUUUGGUUUUCACUUAAAACCAGGAACUGGCCCAGAGGAUUGUAAGUGGAAAAUGUAUAUGGAGAUGGAUGGGGAUGAUAUUGCAAUAACCUACAUAAAAGAUGUGACAUUCAACACUAACCUACCUGAUACAGAGAUUUUAAAGAUGACAAAGCCGCCAUUUGUAAUGGAGAAGUGGAUUGUAGGAAUAGCAAAAACCCAGACUGUGGAGUGCACUGUCACCUAUGAGAGUGAUGUUAGAACUCCAAAGAUCACUAAACAUAUCCACUCAAUUCACUGGAGUAGAACAAAGCCACAAGAUGAAGUGAAAGCCGUCCAACUCUCCAUUCAGACAUCGAUCAAUUCCGAGGGCAAUGCUCACAGCAGGUCCAACUCAAGUGCCGACUGCCAGUGGCUGGACACACUGCGGAUGCGGCAGGUGGCCUCCAGCGCGUCGCUGCACCGCUCGCAGAGCAACCCCAUCCUGGGCUCGUCUUUCUUCCCGUACUUUAAUGACCAGGACUCGUACGCGGCCGCGGUGCGGCGGACCCAGAGGCCCGUCCGGUACCAGCAGAUCACACCUAUCCACCCAUCGCGGAGCUCUUCGCCCACGCAGUACGGGCUCACCAAGAGCUUCACUGGCCUGCUACUCAACUCCAGGGACAGCGGCUUCUCCAGUCUCAACACUGACAGCUCGUCCGAGAGGGGGCGCUACUCAGACCGGAGCCGGAACAAGUUCGACCGCGCGGGCGGGUCGCUGCACUCCUCGCCGCGGGGCCGUUUCGGGGGCCCGAACAGGCAGCCCAGGGAUCGCGGCGCGGGCAAGGGCCCCCGGGAGUCCCCUGGCUCUGGCUCUGCACAGGGCCCCGACGCCGGGAGGAGCCCGCACAACCGCCGCCUCCCCAGGCCUAUCCCGGGGAUGCCCGUGCAGCCAGCGCCCACGCCGCGAGCAAGCGAGGAAGAGAGCAGAGCUGGCGAGGGCGGCUGGACCAAGGUGGAGCCCAGGAGGAGGCCGCACAGGCCCUCGCCGGCCAGGGGCGGCAGGGAGCGGGCGCGGGGCGGCCUCCGGGGCCGCAGGACUUUCUGAGCACGGGCUGGGGCUGGGUUAGGGUCACUCACUGCGCACCCGCGCACCCGACCGCUGCGCUCAGAGGUCAUCUUCGGAUUCAGUCCACGGGAAGACGGUGCUUCUGUGCUUGGAGCUGGGCGGUGCCAUCCCCCAGGGAUCGCAGCCAAACCACAGCCGAAAGGAUGACUGCCUCCCGAGCAAGGGUAGCCCUCUCGGAAGUAUUUUCCUCCUGGUGGAGCGGUGCUGUCCCAUCUUCGGCCCUAAGCACUGACCCUCAGGUCCGCACGGCUGGGACUAAGGCCAGUGAGGUCCACACAAAACCCUAAUAAAGACAGAACGGGUAUUCUCGACGUUUUGUGCCUCAACCUCCACUAUUGCCAAUCCUGUUUUUAUUUAAAAUUUUGAUACUUUGUUCAUGGAUUUUGGCAUUGAUUUUAUUUUCUAAAAUACUACUUCAAAAUAUCAUAUAUCUUAACUACUGAGGGUUUUUUUAACUGCCUCCCCAAAUUUUACGCCCAAAACAACUGAACCUCCCUCAUCGCAGCUCUGCUGCUUAGUAUUUAUUUUAGUGAGAUACUGUGUUUCUGUCAUGGUC